UUGUCCCAAUUUCAGGUCUAAAUGUCAUAUUUGGAAGCAUGAGAGUCUCAUCUUCCUUUCUUACAUUCUCACCCCGAAGAUGAGGCUGCUUGAAGUAGCUCUCUUGUUCGUUGAAGGGAUUGGCUCCAGUGGACCAUCACUCAGAUUGAAAAUGGAUAGAGCAAGUUUUAAGGUCCCUCAAGGAUUUGAUGGGCUGGACAUCAUCGGGCACCAAAAAUUCAAGCAAAGCACUUACCCUGGUUACUAUUCCGAUAGAUUACUUGAAAUUGUUGCCAAAGGUCUGGUGGCAAACCCGGGAUUGGAGGUAGUAUUAGUGGUGAAAAAAAGGCAAAAAGGGCAGCAGAAACAAGUUCUUCUGUGGAGUAAAGAACUCCAAAGAUUGGCGUCAGCAGCAUCAGAUCUCCUCUUUAAGCGACUAACAACCCCGACUGCAUGAGCAAUGUCUGGACCCGUACACACCAUCACAUACAUGAGCUACCAACUGGAGAUGCACAAGGGACUUUAGCCAUAUCUGCCUUUUCUUUGUCUGUUAUCGGAGACUGAUCUUUUGUAAGCUUGAAGUGGCUUCCCAAAGGUGUGUUUCUCAGCUUAGUCUUCUUACUAUUCAUGUUGAACACUUUCCCGAUAUACUU